GAGAGUGGGGUUUUUGUUUCACAGCCGACGACAGAACACGACGGGUUUCCUCUUUGACUUUCUUCAGUUUCUCUUUGCCAAUUCACGCCAAUGCGGAUUCUGUGCUCACCUAUCCCAUCCACCCACCCUCUUUGUUGUGUACGUACCAUCCCACGAAGCUGAGAUGGAACGGCCGAAUGCGACCAUCAAAAGCACCGGUGCUACAUAUAACGGGAUAGCACUACGGACAACACCGAGAAAUCAGGAAGUCGGGAACCGGAGAUGAUGGACCAGUGUGGAGGACGAUCUCCCAUCCAGGUACACACUAUGGACCAGGGCAUGACAGCUUCAAACAGGGGCACGACAAUGGGCGGACGACGUGGAGACUUGGAAGGGUCAAGGGCCCGGAUGCCGGGAUGCGGAAAGCAGAAAUUGGAAUUUCCAUAAAAGCACUGGGAAAAGAAGGAGAGACGGGGCAAGAGAGUUCACAUAAACAGUCGUCAUCAUCGACACAGACCUUAAACCUUUAAACGCCAACUCCCCCACACAAACAUCCACAUCCCCUUUUCCUCCUUUCGGUCUAGAUUUUUCAUCAUACAAGUUUCAUCAUACACUUUUCUUUUUCACUUCCUUAGAUUAUCUCCUAUUUCAUCUUAAUUGUCCUGACCCCAUGCCAUUCGUUUGAUCUCAAGGGGCUCUCCUACUCGGUCUUUUCCCAAAGAAUUUCCAUAUCAUCCACCACCCGGUCCAACUCCCACGAUAAGUACCAUCUGCGGAUUCCAGCAACAACAUCUGGACGUACACUGGACAGGACCAUUGUGUCGACGGCUAUUUCACAUUUCCCUAUCUGGAGGAUUCGAGUGAAAUUGGUCACCACUUCCCCCGGAUUCCGACAUAUAUCCGUCUCGUCUCUUCCCUCCCGGUUCCUGUGGGUACCACCUCUCUUGGACUACUAGGUAUUCCACACAUGGCGACAAUUCAGCCGCCUCGAAGCAGUCUCCCGGCUGGGGCUGAGCCUCCAGCACCCCCUUCAGCCAGACUAGACUCUUCCGACUCUCACACCAUCACAUCCACAAUGGCCGGCGACGACGGUCAGAUAGACCCUGCCCAGCGACUACCGGACCAACAACACUUCAAUGGCAGCACCGAGAAGCCCCGGCUGCCACGGUUAUCCAUCGAGACCCUUCCUGAGCUGGACGCGAUCCCCACGCUCAUGUCGCCUCGUCACAACACCAUGAACCCCUUCCGGCGGGUACACAACCCUCUAGAGAUCGAUGACUACUUUACUGGCCCCCGAGACACCCAGAAGCACUCAAAAUGGCCUCUCUUCAUGCAGAUGCACGGCAGUAUCCUGCCCAAGAUGAUGCUACCACUCCUCGGAGUCGGUGCCUGGACCACUAUGCUCACUGUGAUCAACUUCAAAGUGACAAACUUGGGUAUCCACAACAUCCUUCUGACGGUCCUCGGUUUUGUGGUUGGUAUGGGUCUGUCUUUCCGCAGCUCUACUGCAUACGAGCGCUAUUCAGAGGGUCGCCGUUACUGGGCUUCGUUGCUUCUGGCGUGUCAGACUCUUGGUCGUGUCUACUGGGUGCAUGCCAAAGAGCGGGAAGGCGAGCUAGGGAAGAAGGAUGUUUUGGCCAAGCUAACUGUGCUGAACCUCCUGGUCGCUUUCUCUGUGGCUCUCAAGCACCGCCUUCGCUUUGAGCCUUACACCUGCUACGAUGACAUCUCCCACCUCGUGGCUCACCUUGACACCUUUGCCCAGCGCGCCACCGAGGAGGAGCCGGAUAAGACCCUCAAGUCCCUCCAACCACCCGGCUUCUUCAAGGCAGUUGGCGAGUACAUUGGCGUUAGCUUCGCCGCCUCCAACCCGCGCAAGGUGAUUAAGAAGGCAUCUCGCCCGCUUGGCAACCUCCCCCUCGAAAUCCUUUGUUACCUCGCCACCUACACGGACGAGCUGAUCGCCAACGGUCAGCUGCCCGUGCCCAUGCAGCAAACGCUUGCUUACAACAACAUGGCAAUCCUGAACGACGUCCUGGUGGGCACCGACCGUGUGCUGUCCACCCCGCUCCCCAUCGCCUACGCCAUCGCCAUUGCGCAAAUCACCUGGGUCUACAUCCUCCUGCUUCCCUUCCAGCUGCUGCCCACGCUCAACUGGAUCACGAUUCCGGCCACCAUCGCAGCGGCCUACAUCAUUCUGGGCCUGCUCAUGAUUGGCAGGGAGAUUGAGAACCCGUUUGGUCGGGACGUCAACGACUUGCCGCUGGAAUCGUACUGCGCGCAGGUUGCCGAGGAUAUGGACAUCAUUGCCUGCCAGAAGAAGAGGACGACGAAUGCCGACUGGAUUGAGAAUAUCGACAACAAGCCGCUGUGGCCGCUGUCGAACUCGGGCUGGCAGGUCUGGAUGAACCGCGGAGAGGACAUGAUUCGCGAGGCGGUCCACCAGAAGCUGGAGAGCAACUUUGAGACGAGAAAGGAGUUGGACAAGUUGCAGAGCGAGAUGAGCCUGAUGGACAAGGUGAGGAGGAUGAGCAAGGCGACGGGAUGCAAUGUAUGACUUGAUUUUGGCAGCGAGUUGUCUGAGUUGGUGGUGUUGUUGAGAAGGGAAGCGAGCGAGAGUGAAUUUUUCAAAUUGUCAAAAAGGGAAGCAAGCGGGUUGUUGUUAUUAUUGUUGGACUUUCGUUUUUGUUUCCUUUCUUUUGUCUUUUGUCAUUUCUUGUUUUUUUCUUCGUUUCCGGCGUACAUGACUUGGCCGGACUUGGUUUGGGAUCUCUUUUUACAUUCAUGGGUAAUGGAUCGGUCUUCAAAAUGGGGGCAUGCAGUGCGGUCUUCCCACGGUUAUCAAAAAAGGUUGGGAUGGCUGCGGUGUCUUCAAAAGUUGGAUGAUCUGCUUUUUGGUUCACUUGAUCCGAUAGAGUCGGAUGGCAACACAUGGCAUGCGUAGAAUGAUGGAGGAAACAAAGGCAUGCAGACAUCUAUCUGUCUAUGAUACAGAUUUCUUUUGAUUUUUUUUCUUGUUCUUUUUCAUUGGAUACCACAGCUUGGAGAGAUACCCCAGGCUUUAAAGUUUUUAGAUACCUAUUGAAGGGAUAAUUAAGCGGAGGAGAUAUGAUUUGGUACAGAUACAGAGAGACUCAACUCAAAAUGCAAAAAAAAAAAAAAACCAUCUACUCUCUCAUCAUUUAUCAUUCUAUCGUAUGUCCU